UUCAUGGAUAAUCACUCCCUCCUCAGGUCCCACUGGUGAUCAUGCUGUACGCGUUACCACUGAAGAAGAUCCAGAGACUUGGCAUGUGCAGGUAUUUCGGUCAAUUGAUUCAGGAUCUGUGAGGGGAUUCCCAAAGCUUGUUCAGGAUGCUGAGGCACAGGUUAGGACUACGCUUAUGUGCAAUCCUUGUUAAUUCUAAUCUUGUUUGUGGGAAGAAUCUGAAAAUAGAUAGGAGCAUACAUGCUGCUUAUGUGAAAGCAAUAAGAUCGGCACAACAUUUCAUAUACAUAGAGAACCAGUAUUUUCUUGGAUCCGCGUAUCACUGGCCAUCAUACAAAAAUGCAGGUGCAGAUAACUUAAUUCCUAUGGAACUGGCCUUAAAAAUUUCUAGCAAAAUCAGUGCAAAUGAACAUUUCCGUGUCUAUAUAGUGGUACCAAUGUGGCCAGAAGGUGUACCAACCAGUGCUUCCGUGCAGGAAAUUCUUUUUUGGCAGGGACAAACAAUGAGUAUGAUGUACCAGAUUAUUGGGCAGGCUAUUAAUAAAGCAGGCCUUUCUGAUACACAUCACCCACAGGAUUAUUUGAACUUUUACUGCCUUGGAAAACGUGAAGCUUCAUCUACAGAAAGUUCUGCUCAAACAAGCAAUUCUUCUGAGAACCGUGCAUUGGGAUUAGCUCAAAAGUUCCGCAGAUUUAUGAUUUAUGUCCAUGCCAAAGGGAUGAUAGUUGAUGAUGAAUAUGUCUUGAUAGGAUCUGCUAACAUUAACCAGAGAUCCUUGGACGGUUCAAGGGAUACUGAGAUUGCUAUGGGUGCUUAUCAGCCAUCAUACACAUGGUCAGGAAAGAAGACUCAUCCGCAUGGCCAGGUAUAUGGCUAUCGGAUGUCUCUCUGGGCUGAACACCUUGGCACCCUUGAGGAUUCCUUCUGCCAACCAGAGUCUCUAGAAUGCAUCAGACAAGUGAACAGCAUCGCCAAAAAUAACUGGCAGAUAUAUGCAGCAGACGAGAACAAGGAGAUGACAGGGCAUUUGAUGCAAUACCCAAUUCAGGUGAGCAAAAAUGGAAACGUAAGCACAUUGCCCGGUCAUGAGUGCUUUCCAGAUGUAGGCGGUAAAGUUCUUGGAUCACCCACUAAUCUUCCCGACGCACUAACCACAUGACAAUCUCAUCAUACCUUCAAAAUGGAGUUACAGUUCAUUGUCAAAGUGCAGCAGAGGAACAAAAAUGGUGAGCAUACUGAGCAGCUUGAGGUAAAAUGAAGAGCAAGAUGCUAAUAUCACUGCAACAAACAGUUGAGAGAGUAUGCCAAAGCUAGAAGCGAAGAAUUCAGAACAGAGAAGACACCUCUGUUUCAGAUGUAUUUAUUGUUGUAUGGAAAAUAAAUUCUUGGUAGAAAAUGUUAGUAUCAACAAGGCUUGUGAC